AAAGUAACAAGGAUUCCGCUACCAAAUGAAAUGCAGGAAGAGGACGAUGGAGGCAAAUCUAUUUUUAGAACAUCUGAAACGCCAAUGAUAUACAUGUGCGCCACCAUGUGGCACGAAUCUGAAAAUGAGAUGACGCAGCUUUUGAAAUCUAUUUAUAGAACAGAUGAGGAUCAGUGUAUAAGAAAGCAUGCACAGUUUUUAGUAGGAAGGAGGGAUCCUGACUAUUAUGAGUUUGAAGCUCAUAUAUUCUUUGAUGACGCAUUUGAACCUCACAAAGACGACGAGUUUGAAUUUACAGUCAAUGAGUACGUCAAACUGUUGAUGAAAACCAUUCCUGUUUCCGCAAGUUCCAUUCAUGGUGUAAGUUUCAAACAGAAGCCCCCAGUUUCUGUGGCCACGCCCUAUGGUGGACGACUUGUUUGGACAUUACCUGGUGGGAACAAGCUUAUAGCACAUCUGAAAGAUAAAACAUUUAUACGGCAUCGAAAACGUUGGAGCCAGGUAAUGUAUAUGUACUACUUCCUCGGGUAUGAACUUUUCAACAAGGGUUUAAAACGAAAACAGUUACAGAAAAGAGCGGAAAAUACAUUCCUACUCGCACUUGACGGAGAUGUCGACUUUCAUCCACAGGCUGUUCUCUUACUGGUUGACCGUAUGCGGAAGAAUCCCGAUGUAGGCGCGGCUUGUGGAAGAAUUCAUCCAAUAGGAAACGGGGCGAUGGUAUGGUAUCAAAAGUUCGAGUAUGCAGUCAGCCAUUGGCUCCAGAAAGCUGCAGAAGACAAAUUCGGCUGUGUGUUGUGUAGUCCUGGGUGUUUCAGUCUAUUCAGAGGUUCUUCAUUGAUGGACGAAAACGUCAUGGCAAGAUAUACUACCCCACCCACCGAACCAAGACAUUAUGUACAGUACGACCAAGGUGAAGACAGGUGGCUGUGCACGCUCAUGUUACAACAAGGUCAUAGAGUUGAGUAUUGCGCUGCAUCAGAUGCCCUUACCUACGCCCCUGAAGGUUUCUACGAAUUUUUCAAUCAAAGGCGACGCUGGACACCAUCUACCAUGGCUAACAUCAUGGACCUUUUGACUGACUGGAAGAGCGUCACAAAGAAGAACCCUGAAAUAACACUGGCCUACAUAUUUUAUCAGGGACUUUUGAUGGUUUCCUCAAUCCUCACACCUGGAACAAUAUUUCUGAUGGUACUGGGCGCUAUCAAUUUAGCUUAUCCAGAAAUUGAACUGUGGGUGGCCCUCAUUGUCAACGUUAUACCUGUAGCAGUGAUGAUUUUGCUCUGCUUCAAAGCGAAGACGGAUACACAAUUGUUAUACGCGGCGAUAUUGUCUACAGCGUACAGUUUGGUCAUGAUGAUAGUUAUAGUGGGACUCCUCAAACAGGCGGCAGAGUUUGGACUAGAAUCCAUCACCACCGUUUUCCUCAUGUUUGUAGCGGGCGUUUUUGUUAUAUCUGCAUUGAUACACCCACAGGAGUUUUGGUGCAUAAUUCACGGUUUCUUGUACUUUUUGGCAAUCCCAUCCAUGUCAAUGAUAUUGAUGUUGUACGCUCUAGGAAAUCUUCAUGUCGUAUCCUGGGGGACAAGAGAAAAUAAAUCAGCAGCCGAACAGCAGGUAGAAAAGAAAAAGGAAGGCAGGUUGUCGGGGGUUUUCUCGGCGUUCGCUGGGUGUUGUCCUUGGGGAGAGAUUUUCACGCAAAGAGAAGACGAGAAAUUACGCAUCAUUCUGGACCGACUGGAAGGUGUAGAAGCUGGUAUUAGAGAGAUGAGCACCAUCGGCAGCAACCGAUCCAACACAGCCUUCAACGACUCCCUUAGCGUAAGAGCAGGCACCCCAAUUAUGAUGGGUAACGACGAACCAAAGGUGCCAUUCUCGCUGGAUCCGAUAUUUUCUGGUCAAGGGAAUAGAACCAAUCCGAUGUUUCAAGAGGAGAAACAAAGACCACGUGACCGAAUGCGCGACCCUUAUUGGAUGACAGAGGAUACAGAGGUGCGUAAUUUGAAGACGGACCAUAUAAGUGCAGAUGAGACACAGUUUUGGCAGGAAUUAAUCGAAGAGUACUUAAAACCUAUCGAUGCAGAUAAAAACAAAGAAAAAGAGAUUCAGGCGCAAUUGAUUGAGCUGAGGAACAAAGUCUGCUUGAUUUUCAUCCUAAUUAAUUCACUUUUUAUCAUCAUCGUCUUCAGUUUGCAGCAGGUCGUUGCUGAAAGCGACAGUCUGUCUAUUAAAUUACCCUGGGUGGAAGGAGACACGGUUGAAAAGGGACAAAAAAUUGAGCCAAUCAGCGUUGCUUUUACAUUAGUGUUUGGUGUACUACUGUUUGUCCAGUUUAUAUGCAUGUUGAUGCACAGGUUAGCUACACUUCUGCAUAUAUGUGCAGCAACAGAAAUCUUCAAGAAGAAACGUCAGUUCAAGAUGCCUGGGGCGGGCGCAGAAGAAGCAGGGGAGGCCUCCGACACAAGUCCAGAUACGGCUAUGUCGUAUGAUCAGGUGUAUGAACUUGUACGAGAUUUGCAGAAAGAUCAAGAUGCCGAUUCAGCUUCUCUCACCUCUGAAUCUAGUUAUGGAGGUCAAAGUGAGAUUGACGAUGACGAGGAUUCAGCAAUAAGGAGAAGAGAAACACGAGAAAGAUGGAAAAAACUGGCCAAGAAAAGGCGUACAAUUCAUGAUAAUACACUUGGUGCAAACUUUAAAACAAACCUAGACAAGAUACAGUCUUUGAUAAAACAAGACAAAUUUCCAGAAAUUGAUGCUGAUCAACCUGAUGAGGACAUAAAUGAAGAGAUCGAACAUGUCAAAAAGGAAACUCACUUCAACAGAAUGCGAAAUAAAUCCUUGCAUACAUUAGCUAUGAUGUCAAAAGACAAGAAGAUGAAGGAGAGUCUAUCUAAAAAGCACAUCGUCCCAAUUAAAAGAUUUAGAGAUGCUGCGGACAAAGUCAGAAUUAUGAAAUCUGGUAGAAAGAUAUCUGACAUUGUAACAUUCCUGGCUAAGAAAAAAGAGCAAGAUGAUUUUCAGGCUCUUGAAGGUAUUGACGAAGCAACACCAGUUCCACAGAGGCACGAAAUUCAAGUACACCAGUCAGAAAAUGACGAACCUGACUAUACAAACAUUCUGGAAGUUAAUGACAAAUCUGACGAUGUUGUAGAUAAACCAGCUUCUCCCAUAGAACGGCGAAGGCUAUCAACUGAUAGUGAACCAGACAUAGAAGUGAAGCCAGAACUUGUUAUUCCAAAAGUACAAAAUGACGAGUGGCCCGAAGAGGACCAUUACGCGGUAGCUCAGGAAUCGAUGGACGUGCUCUUUUAAAAAGAAAGGAAACUGGCUACAGGUUGUCAACAGUUUCACUUGAAUCCUAACACAGAUUAUACACUAUCUUCAAAAAAACCAUGGUAUAACGAUAGUAACAGGAUAUUACCCUUAGGCUAAUACAAUGGUGUGAUUGUAGAUCAUUUAGAUGUUACAUUCUAUGGUUCCUCGUUGCUGUUUAACUCACAGCCUGCAAGCAAAGCUUCACUAGGAGUUUUAAAUUAUAUUGCUGUCGUAUGACGGCUGUUUGUGUAAAAGUAGUUUCAGUAGACAACGUGUAUUUAUAGAGGUUCCAUUGAAAUUUGUUCUAUUUCUGACAAAUUUAAGCACAGUGAUCAAAAAUAUAAUGUUUACGAAGGGCAGACAAUUUAGUACAUUAAAUACUUAAUGAAUGGCUUGCAUUGAGGGUCAGUAGUCAAACCUAUUAAUCCUCCGUUCUCUGGAUCAUGGGCAAUGCGUUCCAAUAUUGAUCAGAAAGCAAAUCAAUAAGUGUUUUAUUAUAUGACCUCAGAAAUUAAUUUUCUUAGUUAACCCAUUAAAUAAAUAAACAUGUGCUGAUAAUAGACCGGACAUACAACAUUGUGGACUAGCGAUUUGUAUAGAGAGUCAGGAAAUAAUUUCAAUCAAUCAAUAUUCGAUAAUUCAUUUAUAGUCAUAAUAUGUACAUUGGCAUGUAAAUGUUAAAUGAUGUUACAUGGCUAACAUUAACAUUUUCUAAUGGAAAAGCUAAUAUGUAUAUUCAAAUCUACGCGAAAUACAUGACUAACAUUAAGAAUCUUAAUAUAAAUAUUUGUCUUCUUAAAUUGACUUUAGAAAAGCAAAUUAAGUGUUGAACUAGAUACCGGUCAAUAGCACAACUUAUGGACCGGUGACUUAUAUAAGGAGUCAUGUAUUCAUAGAUACUGUCAACAUUAGUAGAGUACUGUUGAUGGAGCCGGAGCCGUUGCUAACAGUGUUUCUCCUUAUCUUGACAAUAUUACUGUCUCGCGAAAUGCUAUAAGGAAUUUGUUUUAUUAUACAAAAAAUCUAAAUGCGCUCUUUUCAUAAAUUAAAUCGAGAAACAAUUUUAUAACAAUUCAACUUGUUUCAGUCUAUUAAAACACGUACCUUAGUUCUGAGCAAAAUAGUCUGCAAAUCGUGCAAAAAGUUCGGUAUCUCCGACAGCAAGAAAACAUUCAACUCGUUUUCAGUAUUUGUUAAGCUAUACAAAUAGACAGGCAGAUUUAAAAAUGGUAUUUAUUUAAUAGAAAUAGUAAAAUUAUAAAACAUUAAUUAUAUAAGAGCUUACUUUUCAAUGAACCUGAGGUAUAAUAAUGUAAUUUAUUGCCUGCUUUUCAUUUAUCACAAUUUACAUUGGGUACUAUGAACGCGUGUAUUUCAAUAAUGUAGGUAUGCUAAUGUUUUCUAGUGCUACAUGUAUGAGUUUCUCAGCAGACGACACACAAGCCGGUCUGUUGUUUUUUUUGUUUAAACAUCUGUUAGACUUUAUCAAUAUGUAUUCAAAUCUUGCAUUAUCAUUUAUAAUCAUGAAUGCUUCAAGGAUAUAUAACGAGAAAUUAUAUAUUUAUUUAUUUAUAAUAUUGAUAUAUAACCAAGUAGUUUGCAUUAAAUGCCUUUCCGUUCCUAAAUUUAUACGAUGCCGCAGCGAACGAAGAUACAUUUUCGUACAAUCGUCCGUUGGUCAUGGUCCCACUCUGUCCAUCGUCGGAUAGAAGUCCUUUUAAUAUACAAAACUGUACUUUCAGCUUUUUUUUCAAACUAAAAUUUCUUUUUAAGUAUUUAAAUGCUAACCAAAUAAGUAAAGAUCAAUGAUGGUACCUGACUAUCUGUCAUGUAUAGUUUUACAGCAUAUAGCACAUAGUGUGUUUUCAUCCUCGCUCCACUUACCCCCAACGUCCGUACCUUUUAUCUACCACUUACCCCUUCCCGCCCCUUGCAUAUAAUAAUAAAAUGUUCUUGUUGGAUUUUUGAAGCAACCCGUCUUCAAUAUUUUUCCGUUACAGCAUAUUUUUGUGGCCCUACUUUGCGAUGCAUAGCUCUAAGGCUGCGUUUGGUGUGCUCUGUGCUUUCGGGAGAUCUACCCUUACCUUUUAUCUUUGAUAGCUUAAAGAAAUAUGUGGCGGCUGUAAAAAUUAGGAUCUUUAUAAAGAUUUAAUCAAUACCAGUUUUUGUUUUGAGUGAAUAUGUGUUAUAAUGUUUGAAUUGUGCCAUACGUGUAUUGUCCGAAGUACCCUUCAUACUGAACAAAAUUUUACUGAUUUCAUAGUAAGUUGUGUAUCUCAUGAAAAUGUGAAGUUCUUUGAUGUAUAACUUAGAUGUACAGAGUGGGCAAUUCUACCGAAUAUACCAUACUGUUUGAAGCAGAGCAGGGCCAAGUUGUUCGGAACUUUAAUAGGCGAUUAAGAAAACGGUUGAUUAAAUUUUAGGUUUCUUUUCGACUUAGAAAAAUAAAUGUAUGAGUUAAGAAUUAUAAACACUGAAAUAUCUUUAUGUCACAGGCUGAAAAAAAUGUGCAGCCAGACCGGUACUCGAACCCGAGGUCUCAGAAUACCGUUCCGGUGCUCUACCGACUGAGCUACCCGGCUGCCUACACAUUUUCUCCCCGUUUCAAUAUUCAAGUCAUAUACCGGGACAUUUACAAUAAAAUCGAAAUAUAUCAAUGCUUUCCACCAAGACUAGUAUUUUGAAUCAAAAUUUUACCGGCGGUUAGUUUAACAGUCGGUUUAAGUUUCGGAUCGUAAUAUUGCUUUAUUUGUCUCCCGACCUGUCCACAAACUGCUUACGGACCCAAGUGUCAUACUGAACCAAAACUGAUCAGUAUCAUAUUUAUAAUGCUAAAUUAAAAUUAAAUUGAUGCUGUCAAUAAAAAACAAAGGCAUUAUACGGCACGUUUUGAAUCAGUCACUGUACAAAUUUUUAAGCAGGACAAAAAAAUAAAAAGAUGGAUAUAAAUAAAUACAAUAUGAAACCAGAUCUCAUACCGUUGUUAUAACGUCUGUACAGUAAAAUAGUAUGACUUUUCCCCAAUGGACAAAAAAUGAUAAAAAAUGUGGUCAAUAUGUCUCUACCUGUUUAACAAACGAUUAUUGUGACUGUAUAUUAUUUUUAUCUGUGUCUUUAUGAUAUGCAUUUUUUCUUGCAGUAUAUAGCCGUAAUUGAUGUGAAUAAGGGUAAUUCUAGCAUAAAACUGCUACUCGUGACACAUUUGGGGGUGCUUAAACAGGAGAGAAAACGUGUUAACAGAAAGAUUCUCCUGCUCAUGUGCUGUUAAAACACCCUUUUAUAUAUGCGCGUUCAGUGGCAAAGCUUAUAAAUAUUAUGGCCCCAAAAUGGAUUAUUCAAAACAAAAUGACAUCAACGUAAUAACAACAACGUAGAUAUAUCUGCGCAUUUCAUGGAUAUUAAAUGGCGUUGAGGGACAAUGUAUUCAUUUACUUGGUUUUUACGCGUUUUAUGCUAGAAUAGCGUUAGCGCAGUUUUCUUUUCGUGUAAUAACAGCUUCAGAAUCCUUCGGUAGUCGUUCGUACACUUGCCCUUACGGGCUCGGGCACCAGCAAGUCCCUCGACAUACUUCAGAUGUUAUUUCACGAAAAUACAUGCAUUAGCCCUGCAUUUAUAUAUUCAAUAUAAUUAAGAUAUGUCAUGAUCAUUAUUAUAUCUAGUACUGUUUGAUCAUACUUCAGUUUUGUUUUAUCAUGUAUUUUUCCUCAAUAAAAUCAGAAAAUAA